UAUUUGGAUAGUAGGGUCGAUAAUGACGUUGGGGGUCCAGGGCUCAAGCUAAAGCAUGUUCGACCGGCGACGUGGCUUCUCGUGUCACAGAUAUAUACAUAUAUAUAAAUAUAUAUAUGUAGAGAUAUUGUGGAGUGGGUACGACUCGAGACUGAAACUGAAAUGGAAACUGAUAAUUGUGCAACGUACACAGAACCUUGCUCGAGUUAUCAGCACGAGUGACAACCGGAAAUUAAAGUUGAAAUCGACACGAUUACUUCAUUAGCUGUAUUUCUUCAUAAAUACAAAGUGCUGCAUGCUUUUUGAGGUUAGGUUCAUGAGAAAGGUCGACAAGGUCGCCGGGGUUCAAUGAACCCUCCUUAACUGAUAAUUAAUUAAUGACUUCUAUUGGUAAUUAAUGGCCCAAAACCUAAUCAUAAUUGAACGAUUUGGUUGGAAUUGGUGGGUAGCUGGUUGGGAGUGGCACUUCGAGAGCGGUAGUGCUCCGUAGGGUAGCGCUCAAGGGGAUUGUUGCCAAUUUAGCUAUUUUCUAGAGAGAGUGAUAGGUAACAAUGAAUUUAGAAAGACUAUUUAAUAAGCUAUAUUGCUCUACAAAGUGUUGCCUGCAUUCUUGGGUUUGGGCUCACGAGAAAAGUCGACAAGGUCGCAAGCAUUCAAUAAUAGUUUAAUUCUCUGCCCACCAACUUAUAGUUAAUUUGUAACUUCUACUUGUUUAUGAAUGGCCUAAACCUAAUUAUAAUUGAACUAUUUGGUUGGGAUUGAAGGGUAGCUGGUUGGGAAUAUGGCGCCUCCAGAGCGGUAGUGCUCCGUAGGGUAGCGCUCAAGAGAAGCUUUCCCAAUUCAGAUAUUUUCUAAAAAGAAUGAUAACCAAAUAUUAAUGAUGAAUUCGGAACGACUCCAUCAUUAGCUAGAGCAAAACUAAAUAUACAAAGUGUUGUCAGCAUUCUUGAGGUAGGGCUCACGAGAAAGGUCGACAAGGUCGCAAGGGUUCAAUGAUAGUUCAUUCGCUGCCCCACCAACUGAUAGUUAAUUUAUAACAUCCAAACAUAGUCAUAAUCUAAUAAAUUGCUUGGAGUUUAUGCGUAGCUGGAAUGUUACCUCCGGUAGUGCCCCGAAGGCUAAGGCCCCAAAGCUGAAGUUGUUGAAACGCAAUUAUAAGCUGUAAAAAUAAAAGUUGAUCAGGUGCAAACGACAGACGAGGACGUGAAAAGCACAACGCCAAAUAUAUAUUUGAAUACCCCAGACCCCAAAUCGCUUAACUACUCGAUGUCAUUGGCGUCAGGUGGGUGCAGUCGGAGGGUGCCAAGAAACGUCAAAAGAAAUGAAUUCCCUGUCCAAAAAGCCUAAGAAGCCUGACGAUGACGACGAUGAUGAUGACGAGUGGGCCCCAGGCUGGGGUGGGCGGUGUUCGCUGCUGGUAAAUGCAAAAACUUUAGACAGGGAAUCAAUUGUUACCUUGUUUUAUUUCGCUCCCUUUGUCGAAAAGACACGCAACAACAAUGGCCAGGUAACUAGCUACCCAAACGGCGGGGAGGGUGGAGGCCAACAACCGUGAAAAGAACUUCAGGAUGACAGUUAUGGGUUACAAAGGCAAGGAUUGAAUCAAAUAAAUAAAGGCACAAGGUUUCAAUGCAGUCAAGGUGGGCGUUGGUUGGGGGGCUGGGUCCUUCGAUGACGGGUUAACCUUACCAUGUCCAUGUCCAUGUCAAGUUUGCAUGCGGCUGCAGAAAGCCAAUGAAUGGCAAUUCUAUUAGCAUAACAUCGCAUAAAAUAUGGCGUACAAUGUCUGCGGUGCCAGGCCAACAAAUCAGUUGCAUUGGAGCCGUUGAAUCGCGAUGAACGUCUGGAAGGCAAAAGUGUUGACCGAGGUGCCGUUUGGUCAUGUGCUCAUCGUCGGUGGCAAAGUCAAGCCGCAUCCCAAUAAAAUUUCGCUGGACCUGACGGACAAUGUGAAUGCGCAGAAUGAAAGCGAAACGGUUUUCCUCAAAAUUGAGGCGAACUUCCGCGAGGGUCAAAUCAUACGCAGCAUGUUCCAACCGGGCGAGGGCUGGCAGCAGGAGGAAAUCUCCAAGAAUUGGAAAUGCGAUGGGCCCAAGAAUCCCCUGGUGCCGGGCCAAUGUUUCACCUUUCGCGUGGCCGUGCUGCAGCGCUGCUUCGAGAUCUACGUGAACGAUCAGCUCUACGGUUCGUUUGAGUUCCUCAAGUUUCCCAAGCAAAUCAACUAUGUGCGCGCCUACGGGGACUUCGAGAAGAUCACACAAUUCCAUCAUCGGAUGCUCUUUCCGCUCGUCUUUCCGCGCAGUCUCAUGUGCGUGGAUCGUGUCGCCUUCCAGAGCGAUGUGCCGCGGCGCUAUGAGACGGGCACCGUUGUGGCCAUGGAGUGCAUUGCCAAGGGACCGCCCACAACGGAGUUCUCCAUUUGUUUCCAGUGCAACGACACGGGUCGCAUGGUGCUCAGGUUCAACGUCAACUUUGACAAGACGACCGUCACGCGUUGCUAUCAGCGUGAGGACAACAGCUAUGCCAGCGAUGAUGAGGAAACCGAGGGCGAGUUUCCGUUUGUGCGCGGCAAGCUCUUCAAAAUCGCCUUCGGCAUUGGCGAUCGCUCCUUUCUCAUCGCGGUCAACGGACAAUAUUUUACCUACUAUAAUUUUCCGAUGCGUCCGUUCUCCAUAUCCACGCUCAAGUGUUUCACCAACGAUUCGGGUGACUUUUCUGUGAGAAGCCUGGAGUAUCACUCGGACUCACCGCUGCUCUCACGUGUCGAGAAAUUGUCCAUUAUCUAAGAGGAGAUUUGUAUUUUUUUAGAUUAUUCCGAACUAUCGCUAGAAGCGAGUAAAACCUUGCUAGUUGCAAUCGUUGAAUUUUUUCCUGUACACCAGUUAACUAACUACCUGUAGUCUAUCAAGUUUAUUAAAUAAAUUUAAUUCUCUUAAAGAA